AUGGACUCAGCCUUUUUAUUUUGGGAGAAGUAUUUCAAUAAUCAAAUAGAAGUGAGUUGGGAUGAGUUUAGUGAAUCAUUCUCUAAGUUUAUACAAUAGUUUGGAUCAAUAAUAUUGGAUGACGACUAAUUGCUAUUCAUCAAAUAGAUUAUAGAUCCAGAUUAUAGAAAUGUUAUUAAAAUAGGAGACUACAUAAUAUUCUAUGAGAUUUAUUGGAAAAUAUAGUCUAAACGACAAGCAUUAUUCAAACAUCAGUUUACUCUUCAAUCUUUUCAGAUUCCUAAACAGACUUUGAGAUGUAUCUAAUUAAAGGUUCUUUACAUAACUAAUGGAUAUCCAGAUUAAUUCAGAGAUAUACAAAUAACCAGAACUACUUAAAAUAAUCUUCCCUUAAAAUAAGAAGAAGUAUUUACUAUUGGGAGUGGACAGAACUGUGAUCUCUAAAUUUUGAAUGAUUUAAAGGUGAAUCCUAUUCAUGCUAAGUUAAUAUGGACUCCAAACAAUCUGUUCCUAAUCAAAGACAAUUCAAAGUCAUUCAGGACCUGUUAAAGAAUUAAAUAAUCACUAAUUUUAGAUGCAUAUAUGAUUAUAAAACUCAAUCAAGAAACCAUAUUUUAAAUAAAGUACAUACAGCCAAUUCCAAAAUUUUCAAGUCAAAUUUCAACUAAUUAGGAGAGUCUCAAAAAUUCUUUACCUGAUCUCCUUAAAUAGUUAAAUCAAUAUAAAUCUGUAUAAGAUUACAGAGAGAGAAAGAUUAAUUUAAUAUAGCACGAUGAGGAACCAACUUUGAUACUUGAAUUUAUUGGAGGUCCAAUGAAAGGAAGGGAAUUCACUCUCAAUCCCAGUUAAGAAUAUACUUUGGGUUGUGGUAAGACAUGUUCAAUUUCAAUUCGGGAUGGUACUUUAUAAAAGGAACAUUGCUCAAUAAAAUUUAAAAAUAAAUAAUGGGUAAUCUAACCGAAAGAAUCAAAUCAUUUGGAUCCAACUUAAUUUGGUACAUUUGUGAUGUUAGCUAAUCAAUAACAAUAUGAUUUGUAUUUGCCAAGCAGAUGUCAUGUCCUACAUGAAGGUAUGUAGAUUGUUAUAGGACCUGUCCUGUUUCAAAUUCAUUAUUUUAGUUGA